AUGGCGCUGUCAACCGGAUCUAGAAAUUCAGACUUAAGUGCAGUUAUUGGAAAUUAUAAUAAUAUCACUGGGAAUAAAUUAAGCUUACAAAUGAUAAGGAGAAACUGGUUAAGGUGGAUACUUAUAUGUAUUUCUAUGAUAUGGUGUAUAGGUAAACUGGAAGCGUCGAGAAUAGAACGUAUUAGGUAUUCUAAACAGAAAGUCCCAGAGAAACUACCAUCUACAAAAUUUCGUGGCCAGUUAUACUCAGAUGGUUCCAUAUUAUGGAAGAAAUGUUAUAGAAGUCGCAAUGGUAAUUGGGGAAAUUGGGUUACUGCUUCUGUAAAUGAGAUACCACGAAGUUUAAUUAACAAGAUGCUUCUUUAUCAAUCGAAAUCAAGACGAAGUAAUCUUUCUAGUGAUUCAUCUGAAUUCUCGGAUGAAAAUGAAAUGUCAACUUCAGAUACUUCAUAUGAAGGAGUUCCUGUAAGUACUUCAAGGUUAGAAGUGUAUCCUGUAGAUGAAACGGCGAUUACCCCUCAAUAUCGUAAACCUACUGGUAAAUUUGGAAAGGAGUAUGUAGAAAGUCUUGCAGAAGACUUAGUUCUUGUUCAAGAAUUACCCAGAUCUGAGAUUCAAAGAUCAAAGAUUCCAGAGUUGGAAUCUACAGGGACGAGAUUCUUAUUUUCCACUCCACCUCUUGUUAAUCCAUAUGAAACCUCAAGACCAAAGUUUAUUCAACACAGUAGAUCAAGUAGGCUACAAUAUCCAAAUUCCAAAAUAAAAUUAUCUAGUUCAUUAAAUCCAUUAGAUAGUCAAAGUUUAAAAAUACCUGCAACAAGAUUGAAACUUAGAAAACCGACAAUACCAACUAAAACAUGGAACAGUUUAUCAGAACUAAGCAAAUAUGAACUAAGCAGAAUACAAUGGACCCUAUUUGCAUCACUAUAUAAUCCUUCAACUGACAAUUUAAAACUUAUAAAAAAAGUGCCACCCUUAGGUUUCAAACCUGUUAGUAAUGUUAGUGAAUGUACUACAGCAUAUAUGAAAGCCUUUAUGGCAAAUUAUUGCACUGUAUCUGAUUAUAUAUAUAAAAAAGGUAUAAGCAAAAGUAUUCUUGUAGCAAUAGAAAAAGAAAUAAAACUAUGGUGUGGUUCAAUGAUCAAAUUAUGGUAUAGUUAUUUGCAGCAAGUAGGUAUUCAGAAUCUCCCAUCACCAAGUAAAUAUAUGAAAUAA